AUGUGGAAGGCAAAGCUACCCGUUUACGUGAUUUUGCUUUUGUUAGCACUUGUUGCAAAUGGACGGGGAGAUACACCUCUAUCUGAAGAGUUAUCCCAUGACAUGGAACAACUAGAAAGCCAUGGAGGUAAGGCAGUGAUAUUACCUCUGGUCACGCCUGAAAAAUAUUUCGAACAGGUCUUAGUAUAUUGUUAGUAUCACUCUUCUUACUUAAGACUCUUUGCGCUCCCCAAGCCGGCUACUUUGUAGACUUCUAGGUCACAUCACAAAAGGGCAGUCUUUUUCCCAUAAGACUGCGUGUGCAACAAGAGUAAGGUUAACUAACAAAUUCGGUUUCUUUGGGUUCAAUUCACUCGUACAAACAAGCAAACUUACAUCUUGUCAGACCGCUUACUGCGGUCGGGAUAACUUUGGGUAAACGCUUACCCACCGGAUCUCAAAACGUAAGGGCUCUUCAUUUUUUCCGAUUUCCUAAAGUUCUUCAACCUGCCUCGCUUCCUCUCUUACUGUCUUUUUUUUUUUAUCCGUUUAUAAAGGUAAUUGAAAUUGCUGGCAUGAAUAAUUCGGUAAUGGACUAAUUUCUUAGUAUACGCAGAUCGCACUUUUCAUUUUUGGGCUACAAAGACAAUUGGCCAUUCGUUUUUCCGCCUGUGUCGUUAAAAAAAAAUUCGUACGUAAAGUUGAAUUGUUGCAAAACGUAUUCUUGAACAAUACAAAGUGUCGACUGACUGAUGAGCAUAAAGGGGCUUUACACAGAUCCCUGAGAACGGACGAGAAAUAUGCACACGACAAAGCAAAAUCAAAAAAGGCCAAAGUUGAGAGAGAAGAUUCAGGCUAUAUUCACACUAUAUAUAUAUCGGAUAGGUUUUCGCGCCAACACGAAAAGCUUUCCGGUUUCGUAUGAACUCCUAUCUGAUAUGUGAUCUUUCACUUUAGAGAUCGGCGCGGCGUAGCUUCGCUUCGUUAAAAGGGAACUUUAGCAUCAACGACGGCAACGGCAGCGAAAACGUCAGUUUUAAAAUGAAUUCCCGUUUUUUCAAUCUUUGUCGCGUUUAUUCCAAUUUGCUGAACAUGGCAAGGAAGUGCAGGCGAACUUCCCAGAAGUUGAUUUCUUGAGCACCGCACUCAAGUUUAGAGAGAGAAAAAGAGAUUCGUCGUCGCUUGUUUACGUCCUCCAUAAAACUUGCAAUUAGGCAUUUUCACGUCGUAGUCGUGCAAGGACGGUAAAGAAAUGUACCAAAAAGCAUGAUGCACGUGCAAAGUUGUUGUUUUGCUAAUAUAAACCUAUUGCUUUUUUGACGUCCUCGAUGCUGUCGCCGUCGUCGUUGCUAAAGCUCCCUAAAGAAACCGCGCCUCGCGAGAUCUUGUGUGUGAACAGAAGCUGUACUCGAUAUGGUUUUCGUGCCGGCGUAAAAGGCCAAUCCGGAAUAGUAGUGUGAACACUGCGUGAAUGAUCCAUUCAUCUUCGACAAUUCAAUCUUGCGGUCUUGACGAAGUAAAAAUCAUAACAAGGCAAUUAUCCUUGGUACUGGAAAAUGAUGAAGAUAAUUGAUGUAUUUGAUUAGACAAUAUUUCAAUUUACGUUACGAAUGCGCGAGACUUUAUAGACGACACCUUUCUCUGUUUAUAUUACCGGUAACAAUGGAAUGCAAGCGUAGUUUAAGAGGGAGCUUCAGGCGCAGUUAAAAUAUCGUCAAUAAUUUUGAUGUUAUUAUCUCUAUAUUCUUUUUCAUGAAAGCCAUGAUAUUAAUACCUUUUCAUCAUCGUAACGAAAAUAUUCAGAUAGAUGCAAACACUGUCCGGUUUGAAAUUACAUUAGUUCGCGGCCCAUUCAUGUAAGGUACGUAACUAAAACUCUUCGUGAGGAAAAGUUCUCCCAUGACUUUCCGUACCAACCGUAAAUUAUUGCCGGUUUUUAAGGUAUGUCAAUCACUCCUUAGCAUUCAAAAUUCAGCACGCUUUCCAUUUUUUUGAAAGUUCUUUAAAUCAAUAAGACCGAACUGAAGGCAAAAACCCCCAUAGAUAUCAUAAAAAAAACAAAUUCAAUUAACUUUACAGGCGUUAAAAUCCAGCAAGCCACUUACAUGAAACGUACAUAUGGUUUAUUUAAGGAAAGUAUUAUUUCGUGGGUGAUAAGCAGACUAUUUAGGGACUAGACUACCAGCAGAGAGGGACAUAAAUUGAACCUUAUAAAAAACUGUGAUUGGAAGAUUAAAAAAAAAUCCGACUAGAACAACACUCUGAAAGCAACAAAAAACUUUUAUUAUUAUUAUUAUGAAAUGCAACUAAGUCCGUUUCUGUUCUAUUUGUGGGUAGUAAAAAUCAAUUCAUGUUAGUUUUGCGAAUUGUAAAGAUGGUUUUGUUCAUUAGUUUGUGAAGAUAAAAGGAAAACCGUCCUAAUGAUUAAAAAUUCCUAAUUCAUCAACUUUUAAAUAACGUCGUUGAUGUUGAUAAAGAGAGGCCUUCAUUUUCUCGGCUCUCUCGCGCGACGCGUCUUCUCGAGUGUAAAGAUAUUCACGCGCGUUCGCGUCUCUCGCACGCUCUACUUCCUGAAAGAAAAUUAUGGAUUAAUCGGUCUAUUUUACGAGAAAUAUUUAACUUUGUACCGUUUAUUGUCUUAUAGAGGACGUGGUGGACCAAGAAGGACUCGUACAGUUUGUAGAAGAAGAGAGUGGUAGUGGGAGUAAGAAGCUUACUUCUUGCUGUUUUACAGUUUACUGUAUAUAUGUCAACCUCAGCAGACACCAUUGCUUUCCCCAAAGACUGAAACUCACACAUAAAUUACUUGAGCGUAAAUAAAAUUUAAAGAAAAACGUAAGAAAUCAAACUAAAUUGGACAGAUUGGAUCACGACUGAGAAAUUAAGACGGUGACAUAAGAGACCUUAAGAUUCGAAGACGAGUUCGAUGAAGAGAUCUAGAUUUACCCCAAGGUCUUUUCGUUUCUUCUUAUAAAAGACACCCAGGGGAAGCUUCAUUGUAAUUUCAUUCACCAGAUUAGUUAGCAAAGUUGUUUUUUACGGAAGGUAGCUAAGCCGUCACCCGAUCGCAAAAAAUAUAGUUUUCAUGGUAAGAAUUAAUUCUAUAAAUAAAAAAUCGCUUUGAGGCCAUUUUCUUCUUAUUCUGAGCUCGGUACAUGUAAGGGAUAUUAAACGCUAAUGCUAAUUUCAAGCUUCGAAAGAGGACCGCAACCGAAGGGCUAGACUGGUCACUAGUUUUAUUUAGUUUACAAUUAAAAGAAACGCCAUAAACAGCUUGCUUGAAGCACUAGAAGGUAUGUGGUCCUCCUUCCAUAGAACAAAAUACGAGAAAAUAGUGGGUGUGGCAGUUUAGGGUCAGCAGCUGAUUAUGCGAAGUUUCUAGCCUGCGAAAACAUCCGUUUCUCCUCGCUCUUCGCCGCUGAGGGCAAAAGUUUUCGUCCACUCUGGUCAUGCGUUCGAUAUUUGCAAUUAUGCCCGUGGUUUAUGUCUCACGCUGUAUUGGCUGAUUGCAAGAAGACAUGCGUGAUCCACGUGCUUAGCAAACGGAAACCACACUUGUGUUCGACGUUUCGAAAACUGAUAAUUUAUCGAUCAGGGGCACCCAACGACUGUUUUCUGUAAAAUAGCUGUUCGAAGAAGCAAAAAUUGCCUAGAAUUUUCUAUAGCUUGUUGAAGGCUGGUAAUUUCUAGAUCGUUCCAUUCAUGUAUAAUUUUGGAAGCUUAUCGAAUUAAUUCCCUAAGAUUUCCUGAAGUUUAAUUUUUCGCAUUUCACUCUCCAGGUUAAGCUAUUUUUUGUAGAAAAAGGAAACCUAAAAUUUUCGCAAUAAAAAGUACGAUGGGGAGAGGAAUCAGAAAAAAGUCUUACUUUCGUACACCUUUAAAAUGCAUCGAAAAAUUUCCGGAAAAUAAUACUCAAGUGCUCGUAAUUUCGAAAAGACUCAAGUUCCGCUAGGAUGACCGAACAGAUAGCAAUGUUAUAGCGCCACUUAUAAUGCAUUUCAAAGAUCUAAAAGUACUCUGGAUAGCCUAAAUGUGUUUUCAAUGCAUCUAAGAGGAAACCGGUACCCCUGAUCGAUGCUUAGUAAGGAACUUUGGCCAACCCGGCUUGUGUUUCAGAUUACUGGAUUAUCAUGAAGGUUUGAAGCUUAAUAAAGAAAACAUUAAAUGCAAACAUAUUCUGAUCAGCUCUGCAAUACCUUGUUCGAAGCGCUUUUUUCUAUUCCGAUUAUGAUCCCCCUCUGAUUUAAGUCCUGUUAUACUCUCUCUUAGAACCCCUUACGGAGAUGUAUGGCUGGGGCUUAUGUUCGGUAAUUUACGAUACCAUGCAUUUUUUAAAUAUUCUUUUGCAGUUGUAGGACCGGUAAGCCCGCCGGGUGCUCCGUGCGAUUCAAAUCCCUGCUUAAAUGGAGGCCAGUGCACCAAUGAUGACAUUGGUCGCUUCACCUGCAACUGUACAGGCACCGGAUAUACUGGACGCACAUGUGGCCAAGGUAACGCUUGUAAUCAUCCUGUAAGAAACGCAACCCCUUCUCUCCCAACAGCGCCAUAAUUCAAGAAAAAAUUUCAAAUUUCAAAUUUCAAACAAAUAGCACCAUGUUAGGGGUUGAGCUUUCUUAUUUAAGCACGUGAACUUUCACAACUUUUAAACUUAAUCUCUCAAACGUGGCAUUUUCCACACCACAAUCAAACUGCACAUUGAAAUGUUUUCCAGAGGAUUUAAGCUGUUGACCUCACAUUUUUCUGCAGUUAUUCUUUGUAUAUAUUUGUGUCCAGACUCCAGAGGAUGGGUGAUUUACUUCUUCACUUAAAAAAAUUGCGAAGAGUUAUGAUAAAAAGCACCUGUAUUAUUCAUGUAUUGAUGAUUGAAAUUUUUAAAAUUAUGAAUCAUGUCCUAUAGUUUUACAACUGAUGAGCAUUUUCAGUUGGCAGUGUAUCUUUCCCAUUUAUUUCAAAAAUGUAGUCUGUUUAUGAAGUUGGGAAGCGAAUACCGUGAUAUGCAGUACUCUAAGUAUUCUGUUCCUCAUUAACAGAAGUCUGAUGAUUGCAUGCCGACAGGUGAACUAUUAAACCUUACUUUCUACUUGUUUUAGGCUAUUGCUUUUUAUUUGUCGUGGGUAAAUUCAAUUUGGCUGAUUCCAUACCGACUAUUAUGCCCCUUUUUAAUGUGACUUUAAUCAGGCUCUGACAUAAAAGCUAAUUCAUAAUUGAGACCCUGAGAGUGAGAAUGAGCCUCACAAGCACUUUGCACUGCUACUCAGUUGAUUACAGAAAUAUCUAUAUUUAUCUCAGACUGGAUCUAUUUUUAUUGACAUGCAUUAAGAGAACCUAAUAACCUUUCCCUGUCCACUAUAGAUGUUGAUGAGUGCAGCCUCCGUCCACGACCAUGUCAAGACGUGUGUGUGAAUACUAGGGGAAGCUUCUUCUGUCAAUGUACUGACCCUCAGUUGAGUUUAGGUCCUGACAGACGUCGUUGCGUUGGUAGGUAUCGCUUUUUGUGUAAUUGCGUUCGAUAUGGAAGAAGGAAGGCACUUCCUAUCACAGUCAACGUAGAUUGUUUUGUAGCCUGCUUCUGGUGUUCAGAUUGUGGAGACGUGAGACGGCUCAAAGAGAUGUAAAAUUAACAGGAAAAACAACAAGGGGGUGGGGGGCGCAAAGGAACGUCAUUUCCUCUUCUCUCCGACUCCUCUCUCCCUCCUUAUUUUUUCCCGCUCUGUCACUUCGUACUCCUACUACAAUCGAUUAUCUGAAUGCCUGUAACAAGCUAACUGUGCUGGGACAUCUAUUUUGAUUGAACAGAUCUUGCCAAAAACAAAUCUGGUAUCCCAGCAGAUUUGCAGGGACGAAUGACCAAUAUUUGGGUAUGGGUGAGCCGCUGAGGGUCUGAAACCCUGACCAUGUUUAGGACAAAAAAAAUUCCCAAAAUACAUACCCUUGUUAGGAAGACAACCUCAAUUUUAGUACCCUGUUUAGGACAACUGCCUCAAUUUUAUUACUAGAACAGACUCGCACAAAUCAUGCACACUGUUAAGGACAGGCUUGGGCAAAAUUAUAUACCCUGUUUAGGACAGAUUCGUGCGAAAUUAUAUGCCCUGUUUAGGACAGAGAGGACGAAAACCAUACCCUGUCCAGCGGCACAUCCCCGUCUAAGCCAUAUAAGAGAGUACCCCCCCGGGGCCAAGAGUAUUGUUCUAAUUCCCCAGACUUUGGAAUUAGUCGUUAAAAACCGUCGGCAUUAUCUCGCGGAAGAAAGACUUUGGUCGGAAUAGACCUUGUUACGGUUUGGAAGCCAUCUUGACGAGAAGGCAAGAGCGUGAGAAACAACAGUGUUUGUAUGAGAAUGUAAUGUCAAAUAAUUACCGUAAGACGAUUGUUCAGAAAAAAUAUGAAUUUUAAACCAAAGCUACACAGCAAAUUAAUGAUUCUACUUAAAAACUUUUGGGGCCGUAUCUGUGCUUAAAUUUCUCUAGACGCUUGCUUUAAAUUUUCCACAUAUUUGUCUGCAAUUUCCCCGGUAAAUUUUAGUCGGCAGGAAGAACAAUUUUUACAGAAAAUUGUAUGGAAAAUUUUAAAAAGUGGUUCUAGCGCAUGUAGCUGCAUGUAACGCCCUCCAAUUUAUUUUCAGGAGAAUCCUUAGGAGUGAAGCUUUAGUUUACAAUUCAUAUUUUUUUCGGAACAGCCGUUUUAUGGAAAUUAUUCGAUAUAAAUUCUCAUGCAAACCCUGUAAUUUCUCACGAGGUUGCCUACUCGUCAAGAUGGCUUCCAAAACAUGACAAGGUCUAUGACGGGAGAUGAAUUAAUGAAAUAAUGAGCCCCACUGGGGACCUUAACUUCCUACUGGAUUAAAUUCGCAUGUAUGUAGCCAGCAUUCGUUUGGACUUCCACUAAGAAUGAAUGGAAUGCACAGAACGCAAUUUGAUCACGCGCGUUUAGAACGUCUGUCACUCGUAAUCUGAUCACACGUGUUUUGACCAUCUGUUAAAUGAAACUUACGCAAAGCACAGCCUUACAGAAAAAGCGUUUUGACCUUGGAUCGUUGUCGCUGCACUCAACCUUUGGUUAUUACUAGUAAAUACCAAUGUUAUUGUUUUGCUUUCUCUGUAUACUAAACCAGCGGAGGGAGUGGACCUUUACUGCGGACAGAAUGACAUGACCAUCAUCCUGCCCAGGUCCCUUCUCAGAGGUUUGGACCGAGAGCACCUGAGGCUUCUUGACCCUAGAUGCACAGCAGAAGGAAAUGCAACUCACUAUUAUCUAUCAACCAGUCUCACAGGCUGCAAGACAAAGCUAAAAAAAAAAGGAGAAUAUUUUGUCUAUAGCAACAUUGUUUUGGAAAUACCAUUGAGAAGGAACCAGAUAGUAACACGCGUGCGGGAGGCAGAGAUCCCAUUCUUCUGCUUCUACUCCAGAUUUGGCGUGGUUUCGUCAGUUGGACUGAAGCCGAGGAGCAAGAAAAUCAUUUUCUCCUCCAAAGCAUUUGGAAAGUUCACCAUCACUAUGGACUUAUUCACAAACCCACGGUAAGUUGAUACUUCUGCUUAUUCUAGUCAGUAUUCGGCCCGUAAGCUGUUUAGCUUACAGGGCAACUGAUCGCUCAACGAGGGUGUACUUUUGAAAAGCGAAAGCACAUACUGCCACCAUUCUGAUUGAUCUUGAAAAAAAUGAGAGAAAGUUAAAAGCCCAUCUAAUGGAUUCUCAUUUCAGAACAUCCCUGAAUGAAACCUUUGUUCGCCGCGUAACAAAUUAUGCUGUGGCAAAAUAGAUUAUUUGGUGAACACAGUUUUCACAAACUCCAAUUGCAGCUCGCGACCACAUGCACCUUUCCCAAACUUCUACGCUGCAAAUUCUCCGAUGCGAUUACUAACCUGUGCAUUUUGUCCGUCACGAAAGAGCGAAAUUUGGAACAAUAAGAAAAUCUCUAGAAAAAACUUUUUUUUUCUUUACCUUUUCACUCAACCGUGAGAACGAUUACUCAAUUAUUAUGUUUGUCGUUCUAUUUCACAUGUAUUUUAGAUUCAGAAACCCAGUCUCUCCGGACGACUUCCCUGUGAUGGUCUACAUUCGGGAAAGACUGUAUUUUAGGGUGCAUGUCGACACCGAAGAUAAGCGACUGUCGAUUUUGGCCUUGAACUGCUUUGCUACCCCAUCUCAGGACAGAAGUUCGCGGCCCAGAUACGUUGUUAUAAGAGAUGGGUAAGUAUAUCAUAUUUAAACUGAUGUGAGGGGCGAAUGCAAGUACCUCGAUAACACUCAACUCUUAAUUUUUUGGCUCUAUUACAUGAAGCAGUUUAAUUUUAGGCAUUUUAGCACUAACAGAUUCCCGAAGACUACCGAAGAUUUUCGAAGAUUUCCGAAGACUGCCGAAGAUUUUCGACGAGAAAUCCGAAAACUUUCCACUUCAUUUUCGUCGUUAUACAUGUGAAAGAUAUAUUUUUAAAGUGUACAGAUACGAUUUUUUUACGUAAAGCCCUCCAAACAAUUAACAGUACAUUAUCCGGAAACAGAAAACAUUACAAAAUUGGCCAAUUUAACAGUAAUUAAACAAUAAAAAUUACGAGAAAAUGACACUAAGCACUAGACCCCAUUCAGACCCUCUGACGUCCCUGAUGUCAUGAACAGCAACCGGAAGUUCGAUGUCUCUCUUGAUGGAACGCUUUUAUCUCGCACAACGAAUUUGAAUACCCUUGUUUUGACUGCCGCUGUACGAAUUUGUCGAGUCAGACCACUAAAAGAGCGAAAAUAUCAACCUCCCGUCGCCAAUUUUGACGUCCGGGACGUCAACGUUCUCGUAAGGCCCCUAGUGUCUUAACUUGCUCGAAGCUAUGAAGUCUUGUAAACACCCUUUUAGUAACAAGAAAGAAUACUACGUCGUAAUAAAACAUCCUACUAUUAAAAAAAAUGACAAACGCGAUGUGCAUGAUAUUUUAAUUUUCAUGGUGGAGUAGUGUAAAGGCACCUGCACCCGUAUCUCAAUAAGACGCUGGCGUAGGAAUUUCCAUUGAAACACCUGGCUACGCCUAUUUAUACUCGACCCCCGAUCUCAACUCAGAGCAAUUUCAAAAAAUAGAGACUUAAGUUGAUAACGGUCAAGUUAGGAAUUUAAAAAAUGUAAUGUAUUAUUUAUGAGCAUCGUAGUCUUCGGGUCAAUUACAGAAUCAGAAUAGAUGCACCCAUCCUAUAUCAUAUCCUGUCCGAGGAUGACUUUAGUGCUGAAAUGGUGUUGCAUUAUUUUUGGUGUAACUGUUAUAUUUUUAUACUUAAUAAUAUUCUUAUUACAGUAUACCUUUCUCACAUGCAUUCCGUGUGAACAAAGGCACUAUCUCGAGGCUUAGGUUGACAAACUAUAUAUAACGUGGUUUGUGAAUUGUCCCCUCAAAGUUAAGAACUAUUUAAUCAGACUUUAGUGUACUUUUACUUGCAAGAGGACUAAAAGCACGGGCACCCGAUUAAUGUUUUGUUUUCAGAUGCGCAGUGGAUGAAACCCUGCAGUUCCACCAACAGCCUGACAACCAAACUCAGCUUUUCAGCUUGGAAGCCUUCCAGUAUGUCAGCAAACAUCCUUACGUGUUUUUUCACUGCAGAGUUAAAAUCUGCAACGCUAGGAAUCCCUUCUCCAGGUGCGCUAGAGGCUGCAUAAAACGUGCGCGUAGGAGCGAGGAAACUCUUCCUGAAGCUGAGGAGGAAAACGUGUAUCCUCUGGCCCAAGGCCCAUUCUCCCCGGAUCGACAGAAGAGGGAAAUUGAAGCAGAUGAAACCCUCGAGUCGGAUCAGAGUCUGCAAGUAGCAAAGAGCGUGACUAAAAGAAGUAGUAAGUAGAAUGAGUUUCCUUUACCGUUUGUUUGACAACUUACAAAGUUUGAGAUAGCUAUACAGAAAACAGGUUAGCGUUUUUCUUUUCUUUAACGUUUUACGAACACCGCAUUCGCCACUCAGUCAUUCUACAAACAGUAGGGAGACUAAGAGCGAUGAUUGACUUCUGGGAUUGUUUGCGUGGACAAACGUUAGUUACGAUUGGUUAAUGUUUGCCUUGGAUACUAUCGACAAAUCAUAACUAACGCUUGUCCACAAAUCGAUCCCAGAAACUUUUGCAUCGAAGACCUGUUCCCAUUUCCUAUAGGGUGUUUUCACAUGACGUCACGGCGGCCAUAUUGGUGUCCCAAAACAAUGAAACGGCGGCCAUGUUGGUGUCCCAAACCAGUCCUGUGGGAGUUGAACUCCUUUCUUAUGCAAACGUAUUCUUUUGUUCCAAUAAAUUUGCAUAGAUGCUGGCCAUGUCAGUGAAAACACUCUAUAGAUUUUGAAGUGAAAAAUUAUCUUUACCAGCACGAUGAAAAUGAAGUAAGUCCACUUCCCUAACCAACAUAUGUUGCAGUUGUAAAAGUAUAUUUCGAUAACUCAUCUGCUCAAUUCUUAGCAUUUACUUUACCAAGUGACUAUUUUUUCUCUUUUUGAGUGUUGAUGUUAAGUGAUCAGGAAGCAACAUUAACAAGUCUAGAAUUUUAACGUCAAACAUUUCAUUUUUUCUUUCUAGGUUACCAGACGCCUGUCGUUGCCGCCCUCGGGGUUCUCAUCAGUGUCUGUGUGAUCGCUAUGUCUUACAUGGCGUGGCGAAAGAAACGAGGGACCGUUCGUCAGUACCAGCCCAUUCACAUCGACGCAUCGAAUUAAGCUCGUCUUUACGAGCUAUUCUACGAAGCAUUGUUUGUUGAUUUCUUUCAUGUCUGUCUUUGUGUAUAUUACAGUAGGUAGAUCAGUGAGCUGAACGAUUAGAUUUGUCAUUUUUACAUCUCCCGUAAUACACCUUGUGUGCCCCCAAAGUUUGGCAUAACUUUG